AUCAUUCAGUAAUAGGAAGUCAUCUAGCAUGGUGAGGGCUCCUUGCUGUGCGAGGGAGGGCCUCAACAGGGGUCAAUGGAUGCCUGAGGAAGACAAGAUUUUGGUGGAUCACAUAGAGAAAUAUGGACAUGGCAACUGGAGAGCUCUUCCUAAGCAAGCUGGACUUUUGAGGUGUGGAAAGAGUUGCAGACUCAGGUGGGUGAACUACCUGCGGCCGGAUAUCAAAAGAGGGAACUUCACCAAGGAGGAAGAAGACACAAUCAUCCAAUUGCACCAGUCCCUUGGAAACAGGUGGUCUGUGAUUGCUGCCAAGCUACCUGGCCGAACUGAUAACGAGAUCAAGAAUGUGUGGAACACAUACUUGAAGAAACAAAUCGGCCCCUUCAACACUCCACAGAGAGAAUCGAAGAAGAAUAAGAAGAACAAAUCUGCUGCAUCCCACAUGGUAUCAGACAUGCCAGUGCCAACAGCUACAGAGCAGCAGCAACAAUCUCAAACCAGCGACCGUAGCAGUGCUGACAUCAUAGAAGAAAGCCUAAGUUCAAAGAUCGUUGAUGAAAACUUUUGGCUGGAAGCUUUCAUAGUCAGUAGCUCUGCUUCUUCAUUAUCAUCAUCAUCCAUGGAUUUGACAGAAGCAGAAAUCAUUAAUCCUUCAAUUGGCCAGCAGUGCUUUGAUCUGUUUAGUUCUUAUGGCACUGAUGAUGAUGACAUGGAGUUUUUGGUGAAUUUCUCCACGGGACUCGUGGAUUUGGAGGAAUUGUCAUCACUCUAAAUGUCAGGGUUCUUGUAGAGAUUGCAUAAAGCAGACAAAGACUAAUUUAUAUAUUUAUUUAUAUUUUCAA